AUGAAAAAUAAGCACUGGAUUAAUCGAAUGGGAAAUUGUCCGCUCACAUUUUGUCCGCCGUCGGAUAAUCGUCGUGAUGGUCAUUAUCGAUUUCGUCCAUAUAAACCAUCGCCAGAUGAUUGGGCAAGUACGGGCCGUUAUGCUGCUGAAACGCCAAAUGCUGGCGAUCUAGUCGUUCAUAGUGUGAAUUUUUUAAUUAAUAACAAUUCUCGUCUUCACAAGACGGACAAAUAUUUUCUCAGCCGUCGUUCAAUCAGUCCGAAAUUAAUUGUUCGUCGUGGUCAGCCAUUCGAAUUACGAAUCACGUUUGAACGUCGAUUUCGUUAUAGCGAAGAUGUCGUCAGUUUCGUUUUCAUCGUUAAAGAUGAAAUGAAUCCAACUUAUAGUAAUAGAACCGAAGUUAUAGUACCGAUUCUUGAUGAACGAAAUGCACGCAGACUUUCGUUAGUUUCUGAAAGUAGAUGGAGCGCUCGUAUCGUUUCGGUCGAAAAUCGAACAAUGGUUGUCGAGAUAAAUAGUUCAGUCGAUGCUAUCAUCGGUGAAUAUCGAAUGGUCAUCGAUACCAGAUCUCCUAAUCGUAUUGAUGAUUCAUAUUUUUCCAAUCCAAUUUCCGAAUCAUUCUAUAUGUUAUUUAAUCCCUGGAAUCGAAAUGAUAGUGUUUAUAUGAAGGAUAGAUUCUGGAGAGAAGAAUAUAUCCUAAAUGAUCAGGGAAUCAUUUGGAGAGGAACACAUGAUCAAAUGAAACCAACACAUUGGAACUUUGCUCAGUUUGAAGAGAAUAUUCUAGAAGCUUGUCUUUAUGCCUUGGCUAAUAUUGGCAAAUUAAAACCGGCUGAUCGCAAUGAUCCUAUUAAAGUAUGUCGCCAUAUUGGUGCUAUUGUCAAUAGUGUUGAUGAUAAAGGUAUCGUAGUUGGUAAUUGGGAUGAAAAAUUUUAUGGCGGAACACCACCGACCGAUUGGCAUGGUAGUGAUGCCAUUCUUCAGAAGUAUUAUCGUACAAAAAAAUCUGUCAAAUAUGGUCAAUGUUGGGUGUAUUCGGGAGUUACAUGUACAAUUUGCCGUUGCAUUGGGAUACCAUGUCGUGUGGUCACAAAUUAUAUGUCAGCACAUGAUACUAAUACUAGCCUCACUGUUGAUCGUUUUUUCGAUGAAAAUGGUGAUCCGAUCGAAAAAUUGAAUAAAGAUUCUAUUUGGAAUUUUCAUUCAUGGGAUGAAGUUUGGAUGACCAGACCGGAUCUCUCUGCUUCGAGCGCAUACGAUGGUUGGAAUCUAAUCGAUGCAACACCACAAGAACCAUCGGAUAAUUUAUAUCGAGUUGGACCGACUAGUGUCGAAGCGAUCAAAUACGGAGAAGUGGCUAAAGCAUAUGAUGGAUUCUUUGUCUAUGCCGAAGUGAAUGCCGAUGAAGUUUAUUGGCUUUAUAGAGAUGAUAAAAAACCAUUGAAACUUAUUACACAGCUUACAGAAAGUAUUGGAGUGAAAAUUGUCACGAAAUCAUUACAUAAAAAUCAAACCAUAGACAUAACUGAGAAUUAUAAACACAAAGAAAGUUCAAAAGCAGAACGUGAAAGCAUGAUAAAAGCAUUGAAGAUGACCAAAAGUAAUUUCAGUCGUUAUUAUCUAAAUGAAAAAUUUGAAGAUGUUCGAUUUGAAUUGGUGCCACUCGAAAAUCGAUUGAUUGGUGAAUCAUUCAAGGUACAAUUGUCAAUGACAAACAAAAGCUACAAAGUUUAUACAAUCGAAGCAACGAUUUCCGUUCGUUCAACAACAUACAAUGGUGUUUCAACUGCCGUCGUUCGACAUGAUACAGUCAUCAAAACACUUGGCCCAAGAAAAUCUCACAUCGUAACGACCAAUGUCACAUAUUUCGAUUAUGAACGGCAUUUAACCUCACAAUCCAUAUUUAGCAUUUCGAUAAUGGCUAACGUUUUGGAGACGGAUUUUCAUUUUUACAUGAUGGAAGAUUAUCGUUUACGUUUGCCCGAUAUCCAAAUUGAAAUUGAAAGUGAUGCUAUUGUCAAUAGACCAUUAUCGUGUCAGUUAUCGUUCCAAAAUCCAUUACCUAAGCCAUUGACUCAUGGUGUGUUUACUGUUGAAGGGCCGGAUUUUUCCACAAGAAAUCAGGUUAAAUUGAAAAAAAAUGUCCUCCCUAAAGAACAAGCUACAUCAUUUCUAGUUAUCACACCGAAAACAUCUGGAGAUAAACGUAUAACGGCAAAAUUUAAAUCACGUGAAUUAAACGAUGUAGAUGGAUAUGUUAAUGUUCGUGUAUUUGAUGAUUAUGAUGAUAAUAACAAUGAAUUAGAGGCUGAAACACGUUUUCAUUCAUCUUCAUAUGAUAAUAAUAAUAAUAACAUUAUAUUUAAUGAUAUUCAUGAUGAUUCAAAUUGGAAUCGUAAUUCUAUUUCCCGAUGA